AUGCCUGCCGGAGGGCAGGGCGUCCUGCCUGCCCACAGGCCGUGCCCGCCACAGCCGACCGGCCGCUCCUCCUGCGAGGCCAUCCCGGCUGACUUCGGGGUCCUCUCCACGCAUCUCGUGUCUGAACCCCCCGUGACCUCCGUGACGCUGCCCAAGUCCAUCCUGGCCAAGCCGUCCUCCACGCCCGAGCCCAGAUACCUGCUGUCUGUGCCCCCGUCGCCAGGCCUCGGCAGCUCGGAGCCGCGGUCCCCGCCAGAGGGAGACACGACCCUCUUCCUGUCUCGACUCAGCCCCAUCUGGAAGGGCUUCAUCAACAUGCAGAGCGUGGCGAAGUUCGUCACCAAGGCCUACCCCGUGUCCGGGAGCUUCGACUACCUCAGUGAGCCUGGCCCCGGGCUGGCCGUGCAGGAGGCGCCGCUCGGCUGCGCCCCGUACGAAGGCCCGCGACAUGCUCACUUCGCCGACAGAGGUGACAACCCUGUCCCUGACGCCGAAGGGGACAGAGGCAGGCCCGGCGAGGGGCCCCCUCUCUUCCCCCACCCCGGGCCCAAGGCGGGGCCCCUGCCCCAGCUGCCAGGACCGCGAGAGCCAGCCCCACGCCCUUUCGGGGUGCCAGGCCUUCACGGCCCCGGCUUCCCGGGACCCAGGGGGCCAGCCCCCCCGUUUCCAGAGGAGGGGCUCGUCCCCAGUAACGAUGGGCCAAGAGGGCCGCCGCCGGCCAGAUUCGGGACUCAGAAGGGGCCCAUCCCUUCCCUGUUCUCAGGGCAGCAUGGGCCCGCUCCUUACGGAGACCCCAGGGGCGCUGCCCCCUCUUACCUGGGGGGCCCUAGAGGAGCAGCACCCCCUCAAUUGGAGGACCGCAAGGACCCCCACGGAGAGAAGCGGGAAUUCCAGGACCCGCCUUACAGCGAGAUGGCAGGGCCUCCUGGCCAGUUUGAAGGUCCAGAGCCGGCCCAGUUCAUGGGGAGCAGGGGGCCUGCACCCUUCCAGUUUGGAGGCCAGAGGCGGCCUCUGCUGUCACAGUUUAAAGGACCCCGGGGGGGGCCUCCUCCCGCGCAGUUUGGAGGUCAGCGGGGCCCACCACCCGGACACUUUCUGGGCCCCCGGGGGCCGCACCCCCCUCAAUUUGAAACCGCCCGCGGCCCCCACCCCGGUCAGUUUGAAGGACCCAGGGGCCAAGCCCCCAGCUUCCUGCCUGGACCCAGGGGCAUGCAGCCACAGCAGUUUGAGGAGCAGAGGGUCCACUCGCCACCUCGGUUUGCAAAUCAGAGGGCACCGGCGCCCCUUCCUUUUGGGGGACCCAGGGGCUCGGCCCCCUUUCCGGACAGCAGCGAGCCGGCGCCCCCGCGGUUCCACUUCCAGGGCCCGGCCGCACAGGCGGGGACGCUGGGCCCGGCCCACCACGGCGCCCGGAGCCCCCGUCUGCAGCCCGGGGCUGGGCCGCCCGGAGCCCGGUGA